AUGCAUGUCCCAGAGAGUCUCCAGGACCUGGCUGACAGUGAGGCCGUGCAGUUUCUGAAGAGGCCAAAGAUCAUGGGGCGGAUCUUCGCAGGGGUUUUCUCCCUGGUGGUCUUCUCCUCCCUGAUGACAGACGGCUACCAGAACAAGACGGAAUCCCCGCAGCUGCACUGUGUCCUCAACAGUAACUCUGUGGCCUGCAACUUCGCCGUGGGCACUGGCCUGCUGACCUUCUUCAGCUGCUUGGCCUUCCUCAUGCUGGAUGCCCACGAGGGCCGCAUCGCCAGCUCACGCUUCAAGAUGGCCUUCCAGGUCCUGGACUUCAUCCUGGCCGUCAUCUGGGCCUGCGUCUGGUUCGUGGGCUUCUGCUUCCUGGCCAACCAGUGGCAGCGCUCUCAGCCAUGGGAAUUUCUGCUGGGGAGCAGCAGCGCCAAGGCCGCCAUCGCCUUCUCAUUCUUCUCCAUCCCCGUCUGGAUCUUCCAGGCCUACGUGGUAUUCCGGGAACUCUGGGCAGACGCCCCGGUCCCCUACAAGCGCUCCCUGGACGAGGGGGCUGUGGUGCUGACCACUCUCUCCCCACCCUUGGCCGCCAGCCCCUCCAGCUCUUCCACUUCCGGCCCCAACAGCAUGAACUACACCACCUCUGCCCUCUCUCCCUACCUGAGCACACCCAAGGCUCCCCGCCUCGCCAUGAUGCCCGACAACUGA